GACUCUCACCACACCCGUCGACUAACGCCAAACAGGUCCAAGAUGAGUCACCGGAAAUACGAAGCGCCUCGGCACGGCUCUCUGGCUUUCUUGCCACGAAAGCGCAGUGCCAGACAUCGGGGCAAGGUUAAGAGCUUCCCAAAGGAUGACCCCAAGAAGCCUGUCCACCUUACCGCCGCCAUGGGUUACAAGGCCGGUAUGACCACCACCGUCCGCGAUCUUGAUCGUCCUGGUGCCAAGAUGCACAAGAAGGAGAUCGUUGAGGCCGUCACCAUUAUCGAAACUCCUCCGAUGAUCGCCGUCGGCAUUGUUGGAUACAUUGAGACUCCUCGCGGUCUCCGAUCGCUUACCACCGUCUGGGCCGAGCACUUGAGCGACGAGGUCAAGAGACGGUUCUACAAGAACUGGUACAAGAGCAAGAAGAAGGCCUUCACAAAAUACGCCAAGAGCUACUCAGAGAACAAGGGCGCCUCCGUCACCCGCGAACUCGAGCGCAUCAAGAAAUACUGCACUGUCGUCCGCCUUCUCGCACACACCCAGAUCCGCAAGACCCCUCUCAAGCAAAAGAAGGCCCACCUCAUGGAAAUCCAGGUCAACGGUGGUUCCGUCCCGGAGAAGGUUGACUUCGCCCACGGUCUGUUUGAGAAGCCAAUUGAGAUCGACUCCGUCUUCGAGCAAGACGAGAUGAUCGAUGUUAUUGCUGUCACCAAGGGCCACGGUUUCCAGGGUGUCACAAGCAGAUGGGGUACCAAGAAGCUUCCUCGCAAGACACACAAGGGUCUCCGAAAGGUCGCUUGUAUUGGUGCUUGGCAUCCAUCCCACGUCCAGUGGACCGUUGCCCGUGCCGGUCAAGACGGCUACCACCACCGUACAUCCGUCAACCACAAGAUCUAUCGCAUUGGCAAGGGUUCUGAUGAGGGUAACGCCUCCACUGACUUCGAUGUCAGCAAGAAGCAGAUCACUCCAAUGGGUGGCUUCGUCAGAUACGGUGAGGUGAAAAACGACUUCAUCAUCCUCAAGGGUUCCUGCCCCGGUGUCAAGAAGAGAGUCCUCACUCUCAGAAAGACCCUCUUCCCCCAAGUCAGCCGCAAGGCUUUGGAGAAAGUGGAAUUGAAAUGGAUCGAUACCUCUUCCAAAUUCGGCCAUGGUGCCUACCAGACCGCCGCCGAGAAGCGGGCGUUCAUGGGUACUCUCAAGAAGGAUUUGGCUGCUGCUCCAUGAGACGUUUCUUUUGUUUUUAAUGGCUGGGGUUGAUGUGGAGCAUGGUAUCUUUUCAUCAGCGGUUGUAUCUACUUUGAUGACAAGAAAAUUCAAUUCUACGGGUUUCUUCUAAUACAAAAUGUAUGAUGAUUAAUGGA